AUGAGUAACGAGAGCCAUCCUUCUCCAACAGGCUCUUCGUCUUCAUCUUUAUUCGGCGGUGGUGGUGGUGGUGGUAGUGGUAGUAAUACUACCGGUGUUAGUGGACCUUCGCCCUACCCUUCGCCAUCAAAGCCUACAUGGGCUCAAAUUCUCAAUUCAAAUCCAAAUACACCGUCCAAUACGUCUACAACUUCAUCAUUAACAACAACAACAACAACUACAGCUGCAGUAGCAAAUACUGCAUCUACAGCAGGGAAUAACAAUAGUGGUGGAGGUGCUGUUGGCAAUUCACCAUCAUCUUCAUCACCAUCUUCUCAACAUUCAGCAACAACUUCUGCAGUAGGAGGUACACAACCAUCAGGGGCAACAGGUAUAUCAUCGACGACCAAAAGCAUUUCACCCUCUCAAGUAACACCUUUAAUCAGCGGUGCAUUUAAUUUUCCAGGAUCACGUGCUGGUUUCAUGUCAAAUUUUUAUGAUCAACAACAACAACAACAAUCUCAAAUGAAUUGGCCUUUAAAUUUCAAUCAAACAUCAUCAUGGAUGAUUGAUGACGAUGCACAACGACAUUCAAAUCUAGCUGGAACUUCUUCACAACAAUCACAUGAUUCUAAUCACAAUAUACCAAGUGGUGGGGAUGGCUUUGAUCGACUUGAAUCAUCCAGUCCAACAUCUGAUUGGGCUAAGCCGGUGAACACAAAUAAUUCAAGUACUAAUGGUUGGUCAAAUUUUCAACAACAACAAACACAAAAUAAUAAUAAUAAUCCGUCCAGAUCAAAUGCAGCUGGAAAUAGCAAUCCACCAAGCAAUCAAUGGCCGGAAAUAAAUACAUUUUACGGAACUAAUUCAACGACUAGUGUACCAUUUAAUUUACCUCAAAAUAAUAGUGAUAAUGUGAUUAAUAAUAGUGCAUCAUCCACAUGGCAAGAUCCAUCGUCAUCAGGUAAUGCUAAUGAUACGCUUACAUUGACAACAAGUAGUAACAAUGGUUCAGUAAUCAAUAAACAUAAAUCUUCUUCAUCGUCAUCAUCAGUAAUGGCUGCUUCACUCACUGGUGCGCUUAAAUCAGCAAUUGCUCUUGGUGGUGCAAAUGUUGACCAUUUAAGUGGAAAUGGUGAUGCACCCGUGUCCUAUACGCCACAACCUAAACUUGUCGAACAAUUAGGUUGGGAUGAACCUGAUAUAAAAGUAGCUAAACGUGCAAAUUUUGAUGAUGGUACAUCUGUUUGGGGUGAUCCAGUAGAAUCAAUUUCUGUUCCAGUGAAAAAAUGGACUAAUGGAACAAAAACAGCUUUAACAAAUUCGACGAAUACUAUUUCACAACAACAACCAUCUAUUGUUCAAAAACCUGUUUCAUCAAAUGUUCAAAAUUCUGUUUCAACACCAUCAGCAACACAAAUGACACUCAAUGAUGAAAAUUGGCCAAAACAACAAUCACCGACGUUAGUACAGCAACAACCAACGUCACAAUGGAAUGAUCCAUCUACAUUAACUGAUCAAAGAACAUCUUCACCAACACCACCUCAACAACAACAGCAACAACAACAACCACCAAAUUAUCGUACACAACAAUCAGCACCACCACAACAUUGGAAUUCUCAUCCUCAACAACAAUCAAUGCAUCAUGGUGAUGAUUGGUUUCGUGAUGGAAUGGUUGAUACAAGUGAUUGGGGUUUACAGGGUUCACAAAAUAAAGUUCCAUUUGAUCCAUAUGAAGGUCAAGUUGAUACAAGUAGUUGGGGAGUACAAGGAGGACCUGGCGGUGGCGGUGGUGGUGGUGGUGGCGGCGGUGGUAUGGGUGGAUCAUUACAAAUGUCAUCAAUGAAUCGAAAUCGAUUUAUGAAUGAUUAUGAUCUCAGUGAAGGUCCACAUGAUCCUCAUGGUAUACAUCGUAUGGGUGGUUUUGAAAAUCCAUCGAUGGGUGGUGAUCAAUAUCGACAAAAUUCUGAUCUCAAAAAUCCUAUCAUUGGUCUCGGUGGUUUAUUACCACCAUCAGCUAAUCAACAACCACCACAUCAUAUGUUACCACCAUCUCAACUUCCAUUUGCACCACGACCUAAUUCACUCUAUCAACCAGGUAAUAUUUUACGACCAAUUAAUCCAAAUGGUAUUCCAACACCAUCUGGUGCUAUUAUGGGUACGGGUGGUCUUAUAUCACCUAAAUUAUCAACAACAUCACCUGUGCCGAAUCAAGCACCCUACGUUCCAUUAACUGGUAAACAAAACAAUAUGCCAACACAAUCAUCUCAAACCCCAACACCACAACAACAACAGCAACAGCAACAGCAGCAGCAACAACAACAACAAGGAGGAUCAGGAAAUAUUAAUAAUGUUGCAGUACAUGCUCAGAUUAUGCAACAAUUUCGUCUUGCUGUACAAGCGGGUUUAAUUAGUCAAGAUUUGCUCAAUACUAAAUUACCACCAUUUAUGUUACAACUUCUCCAAAAAUUAUUUGAACUUCAACAAAAAUAUCAGUCAUUAUCCGUUCAGUUAUCUGAUUUUUCCAAACAUAAACAACGUUUUCCAAUAACUUUCUUCCAAACUGAAUACGAACGUUUAUCAAAAUUAAUUACACAAAAAAAACAAGAAAUGUUAAUUGUUCAAAAACAAAUUCAAGAUGCACAUGCAAAAUUAGUACAACAACAAUUAGGUGCACCUACACCAACACCAUCACAAAUGAUGUCUAAUGGUCCAGGAGCUCAAAGUCAAGCACCACCUGGUGCAUCAUCAACACAAUCUCAAGAUCAAUUAGCUGAUCGUAUGCAAAAUACACUUAAUGUUGAUCAAUCACGUUUACAUCAAUGGACAAAACAACAAACAGGAACACGAGGACCACAAUCAUCAUCAUCAUCAAUGUUUGGACCACCAGGUAUAACACAAAGAGAUUGGCAAACAAGUGGACAUCAUUCAAAUGAUAAUUGGGAAAAUAAUCAAACAAAUGAAUCAAAUACUAAUAAUCAAGGUAGUAAUGUUGAUCCUCAUGCACAUAAUAAUCAAGCAUCAUCAGCAGCAUUUGGUGAUGCAUUAUCAGAGUUCGUUGAUGAUAUUGAAGGUCCACCACCAUUUGUACCUGGUCAAUUAUGGAAUUGGAAAUCAUCAUUACCAAAUGCAGAAGAUGAUCCACAUGUAACACCAAGUUCAUUACCAAUUGGUCCAAAAGGACCAUCAUCAUCUAUGGGUAAUCUCAAUGUUGGUGGGGCUGAUAGUGCCUUUUCAAAUCCUCAAUUACUUCAUCAUAUGCAACGUCAACAACAACAAACAAAUCGAUCACAAUGGCAACAAGGUUCCAUGCAUGAUCAACAAGGCUUUCAAUCAUCGAUGAACGAUUGGGGUAAACCACAACAAUAUCGAGGUACAUCAAAACCACCACCAUCGCUCAAUCAUCCACCACCUCAUGCGUCUUUCGGCGGCUAUCGACCAUAUAUGUAG